CAGCCAUGCAUGUUUUAGAAACAUUCUUAGUCUGACCAUAAACUGGCCUGCGUAAGAGUAAAUGUCAAAGAAUGGAACAGUUUUCUGUAAAUACUUUUAUCCGUUUUACUUGGAUGGGUUUAAAUGAAGCAUUUAUUGCAUGUGCAACCUUAUCAAAUUUACUGCUCUGACCUCAGAGUCUCCCCUGAUUUAAAUAAUGAAUUUAUUUGUCAAGGCUCUAAAGGUUAUUCUUUGGAUAGGGAAACUGUACUCGGUUUAAUCCAUUUAUGUUUCAGAGAAGAAAUGUCCUAGACAGAUGCUCGACGUGACCGUUAUUUAAAUUGUGCACGGGCAGCGCAUAGUAGAACCUGCCCAGGUCUGACGGUGGACGUCCAUGGGGUAGAUUUUUAUUCUAUCAUUGCCUUCAGCGGCAUUAGCACAGGGUGAUGCAGUAACCUUGGGGAAUAAGCAAACACAUCUUAAAUGCUGAUUGUGAUGGAUUACAUUUCUAUAAGCGAGCCCGUGGAAGUUAAUUUUUGUGCCGUAUAUUAAUAAUAAGAGGCGGGACACAAGCAGAAUACGAACGCUUUAAAAGCCCCCACUGUUCCGCUCCUUCAGGUUCCUGAAAUGAAGAGGCAACUUAUCUAUCUGGAAUCGAACAUAACCUCAGUAUAACCUAAUUAAGUGAUGCAACGCAUAUUAAAUUAAACCCUUACUGUCCCCCAAAGUACUAGACUCUGGGGCUGCAGGCCAGGUAUUGUCGCUGUCAUUUUGACUUGAAACUAAUUGCAUCUCAGUCAUUUUCACAAACGAAAUAAAAGCAGCUUCGACAAUUUAAAGGGCGAGCGCCUCCUGCCCUGUGAGCUGUUCCUCGGAGCCCGAGCGCUGCCUUUUUGAGGUCUUAUUUAACGACUCGGAAGGCUUUUUAAAGGCAGAGGAAACACUUGCGUGGCCCAGUGGACCCGGCGCUUAUUGUUUAUGAUUGUUCCAGCUGAGACUUGUGAUUGGUUUGAGGCAUUCUCCAUUCCCAGCACCAGUGGUAACAGGAGAGCUAAUUAGCGAAUUAGCAAAGUUUAUUUUCUCUUUCUGCUUCUUCCAUGUGCAUUUGGAGGCAUGUUACUGUCUGAAUGUUAAUCAGGGUUUACAUUCCCCUGGACAGAUAAAGGUUAAAAAGUUUGUACGCAGAACUCCAUUGCUGAUGAAUGUGAGAAUGACAGGGCAAUAUAUUUCCUAACACCCAGCACUGUGGCAUUGACCCGUGCGCUCCUUAUAUUGGCCGCUUGUGAUUGUGCCUUCUUGUAAUAAUAGCGCAGGUCCAAGGCGCGUGCCCUGGGGGACUUCAGCCGGACUUUAUUAUACAGCUUCACUGCUGACUUCAACAAUUACCUGAAAAAAGGAGAGCAGAGAAAGAGAGAUGGACGAAGACGGAGCGGGAAUCAAUAAGUGUUGGUGUUUUUUUUCUUUGUUUUUUUUUAGAGCAAUACAGGACGCACAUGAAUGCACUCGCUCCCAAAGAAGAUAAACUUAGAUCCUUGGAACUCGUGCGAAGAACGUCUGCGUGUGUUUUCGCGCCUAUUCGUUCUUCGGACAAGCGCUCGCACAGUGAUGUGAGCCUUUGCUUAAGACUAAGAAGCUCAAACCGUAUCCUGGACGUAGAUGAAGAAGCGUGUUCAACAGGUGCAAGAUGCAACAAGUGACUAAAAGCUCAUCCACAUGAAGAUCCAAACAGCUUUCAGCAAGCACUACGUUUGGCCUCUUCCCAACGCUCUGUGUCCCAUCUGGAUCUACUUGGACGUCCUGUUCUCCACCGCCUCCAUCAUGCACCUGUGCGCCAUCUCCCUGGACCGAUACGUCGCCAUCCGCAACCCAAUAGAGCACAGCCGCUUCAACUCCAGAACCAAAGCCAUGAUGAAGAUCGCAGCGGUCUGGACCAUAUCUAUAGGCGUGUCCAUGCCCAUCCCAGUCAUCGGCCUUCUCAAUAAGGACAAGGUGUUUGUUGACGGCAGCUGUGUCCUCAACGAAGAGCGCUUCAUGCUGAUCGGCUCCUUUGUGGCCUUCUUCAUCCCACUGGUCAUAAUGGUGGUGACGUACUGCCUCACCAUUCAGGUGCUCCAGAGGCAGGCCUCUGUCUUCCUUUACGAGGCUAAGACUUCCUCCCAGCAGCCUUUGCACACACCAGCAAUGACGAACAAGCUGCAGCCUCUGCCCAGCGGCUUCCACGUUCCUCAGAUCACGCUGGCUCCUCCGGACUCGGAAGAGCUGAACCCGCCGCCCCCCCAGAGCCGGAGGAACACCCUGAGCUGCCUGAAGGGAGCCGAGCCCGGCCUGCUGCUCAGCGCCUCCGCGUCCGACAGCAUCAGCAUCCUCCCCAGCUCCGAGGCGGCAUCCCAGCUCAGCUCGCCGGCCGCCGGGCCGGGCCGCAGCGACUCCUCGGGCUGCCACGGCCGGCGGGGCAUGAUGCAGGCCAUAAAGAACGAGAAGCGGGCGUCCAAGGUUCUGGGGAUCGUCUUCUUCCUCUUCCUCGUCAUGUGGUGCCCCUUCUUCAUCACCAACGUCACCUUCGUGCUGUGCCACGAGUCCUGUAACGUCUCGGUGCUCCACGACCUGCUCAACGUCUUCGUGUGGGUGGGCUACAUCUCGUCGGGGGUCAACCCCCUGGUCUACACGCUCUUCAACAAGACCUACCGGAGGGCCUUCUCCAGGUACAUCCGCUGCCGCUACAACUUCGGGGCCAACGCGGCCGGACACAACAGCAAAAUGCUCCUGGUGCCGCCGCCGUGCCCGUCGCACACCGUCACCCCGCUGCUGACGGGCGGCCACGGCAAAGCGGGGGUGGACCGCAACAGCAACUGCCGCAACGGCGGCAGGGGGGACAACGGGCGGCUGGCGGUGGACCCGGAGGACACCACGGACGACGGGACGCAGGUCGGAACGGUGUCGCAGAGCCUGAGCGACUGCCUGAACGCGGGCGCGCUCUCCGAGACGGAGGCGGAGCAGGAGCUGUCGCUGCUGAGCUACGGCCCCGCCUCCGCGGAGCGCACCAGCAGCGUGUGACCGCGCGCCGCCGUGCCGCGUCUUCUCCCGCCGGACGCCGGGCCGAGCGGCGCCCCCGCAGCCUUCGGCCGGGCUGCCGUGAGCCCGCGCUGCCAGGGGACUCGCUCUGGAUGAGGAACCUUAUCCCCGCGCAGACGUGCACUACUUACAUCCGCGCGUCCUCUGAAAGGAGGGCUUGAACCGCGUGGAAUGGAACCCGGCGUUUGUUUUCUGUUUGUUUGCUGAAUUGUUGGUGGGAGAAUGAAUGCCUGUACUUAUUUAUACCUGUGCUCGUCAGUUACCGCGCGUGGUGCCCCUCAUGGGGGCUAAGGUCCCAGCCGGGAUGUGGACCAGGCGAGCAGUCCCUCUGCAGGCAGCAGCACGCGCCGCUGCCGCCGCCGAGCGCCGGCGCCCGUGGAUUCUCCCCGCGACAAGCAAACGAAACCAAAUCAGUGCUUUUGUUUGUCGGGCCUGUCGAACAUCAGUCUGAAUGAACCUCUGCAGCUCGUAUUGUAUGAUCCCGCCAUUCAGCUGGCACACGUGGGAUUUUAUACUCCAAAUGAAACUUUUCAAGGCCGCAAUCAAAGUUCGCCCGCGGGGACCGAGAUGAUGGAAUGUACGACCGCAGCUGGUGUCCCGCGGACUCACAGUGCCACCUGGUGGCCACGUGACACAGGUCACAGCCAGAGCUAAACCCACGGGGCAGGCCUUCGGUCCAACACAGGCUCCUGCUUCUCUUCAUUACGAUUAUAUUCUAGACCCACCUUCCAAGUGUGACAGCAACUACUACAUUUCAAAAUAAAAGAACGGUAGUUUUGUUAGAGUGCAUCACCUCAUCCUUUGUUUCAUUGCUUCUUCAUUAAACCUCCUACAACUCGAAGGAUUGUCCAAAUAACAGGGCUGACUUACUGUAGUUUUCCCUCUAAUGAAGCAGUGUCAGAUGUUAGUAGAAAUGUUCUGAUCACAGGGUACGAUUAGAAUGAGUGUCUGUCCAUGAAUUAGACUCAGACACGAUGAAACAUCCAGUCUACAUUAAGGAUUCAAGCUCAUAUCUGGAUACACACACGUUAUACAUCAGUGGUUGUUGUCUGGACGUCUCAACCCGCAUUAGUUGGCACACAUAUAUUAUCUGUUUAGGAGUUGAGACAUAUUCCAAUGAACAAGCAAAUAAAACUGUUUUGUGCUUCUUUUUAAGUCAAGACUGUACGUUCAAGGCCGACCAUUCGUCACCUCCUUGAUUUUCUGUCGUCAUCCAGGGUGAGGUUCUGCUUAGACAGCACAGAGACAAGCCAAAGAGGAAAGAAUCAACACUGCUGCUUUUGCAUGUUAAUCAGAAAGCCUUAUACACACGCUCCAUCAGAGCAUCGCCGUUACCCAGAACGGCUGUUUAGACGCUCAGUCCGAGGGUAAAACCCCCCCAAGUCCACAGAGCGAUGGACACAAAGUCGAUACGCUAAGAGACAGGCUCCCACUGGAUGGAGACGAGGAGUCACCCUCGCAGCCCUGUCACGCUGAUUCCACCCCCCCCCCUCACAUUUUAUCAGCAUCUGUCACACACUCUGCAUCUGCAUCGAUACAAACAUUGUGUGGGAUUUGAAUUUUGAAGGUCACGCUUGCAACAGAAAUGAAACCAUAUGCAUUAAGUGGGUAUUUCAACAGAGCUACUACAGGCGUUCCACCACUUCUACCUGUAAUGAUGAGUGUGACUCUGUUUUCCAAAAACAAUAGUAAUAAUAAAUAAUAAUCCUGAUGAUGUCACAAGGUUUAGCACAUGUUUGAAAUGUGCAGGAGUCUAAUGAAAGUAAUGAGUUAUGGGAAAUGUUCUGUUUUGGGAAUCUGACUCAUAAGUAAAAAAUCUUUACAUGUCACCUCCAUGUUUCGAUUCACUUUCUUUAUUCUAAACCCUUUGAAGCCGGAGGUCAAAGCCUGCGCUGGACCCGUCACACCUGGAGCCUGAGGCCUGCAGCUCAAGUAGGAGGCACUCGCAUCUGGUUCUGUCCCAUCUCAGCCUCAGACUCUCCACACGGAGAGGUCUCCGUGAGCUAACGACGAACCCACACGUGGGGUUUGACCUGCAGACACUGCAUGUUUGAAGUGUCGUUCAAUCCGUCCUCACUCGGCCUUUUGUUUUAGUUCCUUCCUCUCUUUCUUCGAGUAGUCUGCACUUUGCAGGGAGAGAAUGAAGAACAAAGAGCAGUCAACACAAAGCAUGCGGGCAUUUAGUUCUACUAAACCAACAAUAAAGGUCACAGACGGGAGGAAGGAUGCGCGAUGCAUCCAUGCGUGAGGCAGCAGAGCUGCAGCCAGGCCGUCAGUGAGUCCGUGUUCUUCUUCUCUGGGUUCCCGUCAACGGUGGACUGAACUGGGUCUGACCCGGCCCGGUGUCAGACAGCAAUCACACCCUUCUGCAAUGACGUGACAGUGUGAUGACGGGCGUGUACAGACACAGCUGGAGCCGUUUAUAGACAGAGUUUUAUUCUGUACAGUCAGAAGGUUCUGGGUUCGGUACCAGCGUGGUCCAGGUGUCGUUCUGUGUGGCGGUUGCAGUUUUUUCUCCAGGUCUCCUUGAUUCUUCCAAACACAUACUGCUAAAAUGACUGGAGACUCUAAAAUACACGUGUGUCUGGACCGUCAGCCUGUUCAGAGUGAACCCGCCUCCCAUCUGAUUGACAGCUAAGGCUCACAGAGCCUCAUCUGGAGUGAGCGGUAGGAGAUGAGCGUGAGCCGAAUCCCAGCUUAAAGGUCCGAUCCACGGGCAAAUUAGCACAAGAUGUUAACGUAUACUGCAGAGUUUUGUCCAGAAGCUGUGUUUGUUUUCAUAUCCACAAAUUAAACAAAGAACUUACUGUAUAAGACUAUGACCAUUAGUUCGUGACCCUUAUUUCCCAGCCAACCAUCAGACAUCUCAGUGGUUUUGAUCGUCUCAGCGCAGCACAGUGAAUGUCAGUGACUUCUUAUGGGCAGUAACAGAUUAACUGCUCAAUAAACCAAAUUUGAAAAGCAAAUGCUGCUAAUCAGUCGUCAGCGUGUCGACUAUACAGUAGGAGGUGUAAUAAUCAGAGGUUUAUGGGCAAUAGAUUCCAACCGGUGUCACCCAGCGCGUAACUCUGUCUGUAAACAGCUCCGGAACCAGCGACUUGGCUCUUUGUUUAUGCAGAAGCAGUUUUUUAAUACCAUUUGAUUUGUGUGUAUUUGUCUAGAACACAACUUGUUGAGUUUAUACAAUGAUCGGGGCCGUCACACAAUGUACAUGAGUUUUUUUUUCCAGUGUGAUGCUGCAAUUUAUUUAUUAAAAUAUUAUUCUAAUGCGUG